AUGGCUGCCCGAUUCGCCCUUGUAGCGAUCGCUAAUGCCGCUAUUGCGCGUGCACAGUUGUUUUCCGAUGAUUAUUACACUACCACCACUCGUUCUACUUCAGCAUACUGGACAUACACUGCCCGUUAUGUAGAAUCUGUAUCUGAGAGCUUGUACACAUACUACGACGGCAGUGUCACCACUGAUGCCUAUACCGUAACCCGCACCGUGAAAGACGAUGCCACUCCUACGGCCUCGCCCUACUCGACGACUUCCGACUACAACUAUUACUACGAUGAUCUCCAGAUCGUAUACGCUUACUACCCUACCGGUGCAGUGGCAGAGUCCGAUCUCGAGCCUGCUUAUGAUUACUAUGCGACUACGACGACGGCUUCGACAACAACUACAAUCAAGAACAUUGAUUUCAGCAUGCCGGUCACCAUGACGGCUCCUGCUUCGUGUCCCACACCAUUUACCGUGACUACUUCCGCCUCUGUAGAUAUCCCGAGCCAAGUGACUGCACAAGUCUCACCAACUUCCGUUGAGACAUACUCAAGCAGCACCACCUACGAUAACACUGUCUACGUUUGGGAGACAUGGUAUCUAUCCGAGAGCGCCGCGCCAUUCACCACAACGUCAGACUACUAUUACUCAUACUAUAUUUCGGAUUGCAGCACGCCUCCGGCUGCUUAUCGCACUGGUUCGACCUCUUCCGGUGGUGGUUCAAGUAAUGGCGGCAUAAACACCAACGACGAUGACAGCUCGUACGAUUCGUGCUACUAUUACUACUGCACCUCUCGCAUUCGUGUAUGGAUCAUCAUCAUUGUGUCCAUAAUCCCCAGUCUCUUCCUUCUUGGUUUCCUCGAGUCUUGGUUCUGGUUCCGUCGCCUCAUGCUCGGCAAGAGUGCCAUGCGCUUUGGUACUUGCUGUUGGGUGCUUAUCUCGCUCUGGGUGCUCUGCUUCACUCGCAUGCAAGAUCGUCGAAGUACUGAAGAUCAGAAGCUGUUGGCUGAGAAGUGGAAGAGCAUGGGUAGUGGUGCGGCUUUCAAGGCCUGGUGGAAAUGGGGAUUCCGUCAUCGGUACCCAGAGGAGUUGUUGGGUCAAUUCAGCAAAACAACCGUCGGUAUUGUGCCGCCGGGUCAGCCGUUGCACCCCGCCAUGGUACAAACGCCGGGUGCUUUCCAGCCUGGUGCUCCUGGCCAAGUCUAUUACUAUGGCCCUCCACCUCCAGGCUGGGUUCAAGCACCGAGUGGAGGCUUCGUGCCACCGCAAGGCUACAUGUACCCUCCUCCUCAGCAAGCUGGCUACUACGGUGACAUGACCAAGGAUGGAACAGUCGUUUCACAGUCUCCUGUCUCUGCCAUGGGUCAUCUUCAACCGCAACAGCAGAUGGGUAAUGCGUCGCCUAUCGCACCUCAGGCCCCUCAGCCUGUCUAUCCUGCUCCUCAGAACGGCGCGCACACGCCAACACCGUAUGGUGCCCCGCCAAAUGUAGAAACUACACCAGCACCAGCCCCAAGUCCUCCACCUCAGGGUCCUUUGCCAACACAUCCGCCCCAAGCUGCAGGGCAGGGAGCACCGCAGAUCCCACCCGUGAACGUGAGCCAUGUUUCAACAGAGGACUCAGCGAGACAACAGCCUACUGCACCUGCUGCUAGUGCUCCUCCGAAGAAUGAUCCCAAUGACAGAAGUUUGUAUGAGUAG